UGAGAAAUGAGUGCAGUCUACUAACAUGUCCGUCCUCCUCCCUGCAGGUGGGGCAGAGCCGGGCCAUGGAGCUGAAGGUGUGGGUGGAGGGCGUGGUCAGAGUGGUGUGCGGCCUGUCACUGAACACGCCCUGUCAGGACGUGGUCAUAGCUCUUGCACAAUCAAUCGGUCAGACAGGUCGAUACAUUCUCAUCUCCAAGCUUCGAGGGAAUGAGAGACACUUGGUUGCAGAUGACUGUCCCCUGCAGCAUCUGGCUCAGCUGGGACAGCUGGCGGCUGAGGUCCAGUUCAUUCUGAGGAGGACAGGCCCCAGCCUCAGUGAGGGACAAGACACACCAAGCAGUAAGAGACGUCUUCCCCUGCUAAUACCGUCAGAACCAGAGCCCAUCAAGCACAAGUUGCCACAAAAGGCUCUGACCUUCAAUCUGGGUCCUUCAACAAUAGCCAGGAGGACUAAACCAAACGGGGCCUGGUCUCCUUCACCCAGAGCUUCACCCGAACCACAGACGUCUCCGGUCUCUUUCCUUGAGCUUCCUCCUAGUUCUGUGAAGGCUCUUUCCUCGCACUCCUACAAAGAGGAUGUGUUUAAGCAGAUUCUGCAGCAACAAAGGAGACUAGAGGACCUGGAGAUUCAGCUCCAAGCUUUGGAGAGAGAGUCGGACUCAUGGGAGCAGAAGAUUUCAUCUGCUGUGGUUCCAAGUCAGAGUCUAAACCUCCCAGAACUACUGGAAGAACUGGAGCAGCAGCUGAGGCAGAACGAGGAGGAGCUGAGGCUCGGAGAGAGGUUGGAAGAACAGUUCCAGGCUGAGAUGGAAAGAGAACGAGACAUGCACAAACGUCUGCAACAGAUACACUCGUCCAUGGAGGACCAAAGUUAUGAGAUGAGGGAGCUCCAAACCCGUUCUGCACAUCUGGGAAAGGACCUGCAGCUCAGGGCCCACAGACAGAGCCCUCAACCAGGGACUCCGCUACCAGAGGAAGCACUGAGGUCCCUGAACCAGGAGCUUCACAACCGUCUGCAGCUAGGAGAAGAACUGGAUGCAACAGUGUCAAAGACAGAGAGGGCGCUACAGUCUGCAGAGAAAAGGGUAAAGGACAGACGGGAGACCCUCGAGGAUCUGAACAAGGAGCUGAGACAGUGUAACCUGCAGCAGUUCAUCCAGCAGACUGGAUCUGGAGCUCCAUACACAGACCAGAUGAACUCUCUGACCAUCGGUGAAGUUUACCUCAGCAACGCUGGUAUCAUGGAGUAAUCAGUCAAGACACUAUCCCUGCACGUGAUCCUCCGCUGCAGCAUCCAUUUAUAGAAGUCAAAUAUCACAAAUGAAGAAGAUUCACUGUCAAUGAAAGAAAGUUUCAUCCUCACGGAUCAUAUGAAGAAAUAAAUGCAGCAGAACAGACUGAAACUGUAUUUAAUGUGAACUUUCUCCUAGUGGCCAUAUUAAUGUCACAGAGUAAAAGAGACAAUAUCCACUUUUGAAGAAGUUCAGAUAAAAAUAAAAUGCAGGAGCACUAUGACUGCAGGACAUGGACUAGAAGAAUGACAUAGUGAAUAAGUCAGAAACCUUUAACACCGUCCAUACUCUGCUGUAUAUGUGUGUGAUGAGCCAGUGAAAACUAAAUGAAUCCUUAACGUUGUCUACCUGUCACUUUAGUUCUGUAUUGGAGUUCAAAUCUAUUCAUGUCAUAUAUUUGUUAUUUUUUGUAUCUAAACACAAUGCAUGUACAGUUUCAACACAAUUAAAGCUCAUGUGAAGCGGCUGCUUCUCUUUGCUUCACCAGAGGACGCCAAAGCUUCAUUCUAGCUUGUGUGGUGGAAAUUUCCUCUUGGAAAUAAAGAAAUCAGAAUGCUGGU